CAAAAUAAAGGCAAACCCACUUCCGGGUGCCAUUGGCUUUUAGAGUUGCAACUUCAAAACUCAAGACUUUAAUUUUCAUUUCGGUUGGAAAAAAUAGUCUUUUAGGAAUCUGGAAAUGUCUUCAAAUCGGCGACUCCAACAGGAGCGAUACCGGAGAGCAGGAACUGGUUCGUUCGUCUCACCGGUGCUGCUGCAACACCCACUACCGACGGAGGGCGACGAGCUGAGCGACACAGUUCACGACUAAUUUUGACGGAAUAACGCGGCACUGAGCUGCUUUUACACAUUUUAAAGGCUUUAACACUUUAGAGCCUCUUCGCCAAUGGCAAGUCCGGUUGCAGACAUAGGACCGUCUCAUCAGCAUCAUCCUGUGACCGAGUCGGCCGCACACUCCGCGUUUCAGGAGGCGCAAAAAUGGAUAGAGGCUGUGACAGGAAGAUGCUUUGGUGACAAGGAUUUCAGAGGAGGUUUGGAGAAUGGUAUACUGCUAUGCGAGUUGCUGAGCUCUAUUAAACCCGGCCUGGUGAAGAAAAUCAACAGACUUCCAACACCCAUAGCUGGCCUGGACAACCUCAGCGUGUUUCUGCGUGGCUGUGAGGAGUUGGGCCUGAAAGGCUCCCAGCUGUUUGACCCUGGAGACCUGCAGGACACGUCGACGCGUCCCACUGCCAAGGGAAGUGACUGCAGUCGAAAACUCAAGAAUGUUCUAAUCACCAUUUACUGGUUGGGUCGAGCCGCCAACAGCUGUACCUCCUAUAACGGGCCCACGCUGGACCUGAAAGAGUUUGAGGGCCUGCUGUCACAGAUGCGAAAGGAGGCAGAGGAGGCAGAGAGCCCAAAACGCAGCAUCCGGGACAGCGGUUACAUCGACUGCUGGGACUCUGAGCGCAGCGACUCUCUCUCCCCGCCACGCCACGGCCGCGAGGACUCGUUCGACAGUCUGGACUCCUUCGGCUCACGCUCACGACAGACCCCGUCGCCGGACGUCCUGGUCGCCCGCGGCAGCAGCGAUGGCCGCGGCAGUGACUCGGAGUCUGACGGUCCCCCGCACAGGAAGAUGCCAGACGUCCGUAAGGAUGACAUGUCGGCGCGGCGGACGUCCAUCAGCGAGCCACGAACUGCCAUGCCCUUCAACCAGUACCUGCCCAACAAGAGCAACCAGAGCGGAUACGUGCCCACACCACUCCGCAAGAAGAAGAACGAUAAAGAGGAAGGAGGCCGCAAGAGUUGGAGUACUGCCACCUCCCCUGUAGGUGGAGACAGGCCAUUCAGUCCAAAUGAGAUCCCUAGCUUAGACGCCCCACCUGGAGGGUCCCGACGCCCGUCCCCCACCCCGCCCCUUACACCCCAGAUACAGAUUCAGAAGGAGGACCAGGCAAUUAAGGACGAGGAGGAAGGAGAGCACGCUGCCUCCAUACCUUGCACUGAGAUCCAUGCAGCUGGCAUGAGGAGGAGCAGUGAUCCUGUGCCCUGUAGCCUCCCCCAGCCCCAUGCAGAGGGCCGCAUGGAGGUCAACUCUGAGCAAAGUACUCCAGCUCGCUCGUGCUCCGAGGAGCUCUUCCACCAUUCGACACCUCUCGCGGCAAACGCUACUGCAACCCGCUUGGUUGCAGCGAGCCCCGUCAUCACGUCCAGUAAACAUCUACCUGCGAUGGAGCAGGAGGAGGCAGCGGCUGUGAAGAAGGGAGUCACAGGUGUCCUGUUAGUCGCAGAUGCUGAGCGAGAUGAGAAGCGGGGCCGCCAAACCCUGACCCCUCCCAAACCUGUCACCUCCCCAAGUCCCUCCCACGUCCUUCCUGUGGCAACCGCCACAACAGCAGCAACCGAUACGGGCCGACAGAAGGGAAUGGCAAGGAGUGAAAAUGAAAACCAACAAGGAGGGACAUCUUGGUUGGACAACAGUCCUCUAGCAACAUUCAGCCGCACGCGUAGUGUGUCGGAUGACUCACAGAGUGUCAGUAUGAUCGACAUGCGUGGUGAGGAGGAGGCCUUCCUGCAGCCCCACAGUCAGGUGCGUCAUGAACUGAUGCACAACCAGUACAACAAAAUGAAGGAAGAGGAAGAUCACUGGCAGGAUGACCUGGCCCGAUGGAAGAACAGAAGAAGAAGCAUUUCCCAGGACCUUAUCAAGAAAGAGGAGGAGAGGAAGAAGAUGGAGCAGCUGAUGUCGGGAGAGGGCUGUCCCUCUGGCAGGAGGAGAAGCAUCAAGACUUACCGAGAGAUAGUGGAGGAUAAGGAGCGUCGUGAGGAGGAGCUGCGCGACGCGUACAGAAAAGCCAGAACCCCAGAGGAGGCAUCAACCAUCCUGCAACGCUACGCCCAGCGGUUCUCCAUCAGUGAAGCAGUCCUUGAACGGCUACAGCUGCCAAAGCUCCUGGACCGCAGCAUAUCUGCUGAUCCCUCCUUUCCCUGCUCACCUUUCCCUCUCUCCCUCUCGCUGUCCGCCUCCCCGACGACCCCAGACCCCUUUGACAUGGACCCCAAUGGGCCCAUGAGGUAUCUGCGCCAGCAGUCCGCCCCAGCUCCGAAGUUCACGUCCACACUGGAGGCGCGAAUCGAGGAGUUUCCCAAAGACUCCUCACAUCAGCGGCCUCAGAUUCGCUCUCGCUCGUCUGAGCCUCCAGCCACUCGAGGCCUGUCGCCUAAACCGGUGCCUUUGCUGAUGCCCAAGCCUUAUCUUCAGUCCCGGCCAGCAGCAGCUGAACCGUGGCCCAGCAAGGUGGACGGUUUGCUCCGAGUGAACGGCGACGUAGAAAGUGUCAACACUCCCACCACGCCUGACAGUCAAGGGAGGGAAUCUCCUCCUCAUUUCCAGGCGUCCCCUUCCAGGCACGACAGUAGCACUGAAGAGAUUCCCUCGUCCACAGCCUCACCGACACACGGUCCACACGCCUCAACCCGAGGAGAAAGCCCAGUGUCAACAAAGGCCAAAGAGGCUCAAGAUGGCACAGAACUGGCUUUCAAGGACGCGCAAGAGGAAAAAGUCACGGAGCAUUCGUCCCCACCCAGUCGGCCCACCUCGCUCCCAUCGGAGCUGCAGAAGCCAGAAGAAUGCUUUAGGAAGACUGAAAGCCAGUUAGGAGCUGCUCAGCAGGAGGACAAGUCAAGUGCUGCAGCUCAACAAACUCCACCUGCAGAAGCCAAAAAAGAACAAGAAAAAAGUGAAAAUGAAGUGAUUUCCAACUUUGUUCAGUCAGGAGUCAGCACACAGCAAAGUCAGCCUGUAUCUUCACAGGCAAGUGUUCUCAGUUCCCAAGAAACAUCAACGGAAAGAGAGAAUGCACCAAGCUUAGCUGCACCGGCCACAUUUGGAUAUCACCCACCAAUGGAGAAGACAGCAGAGUUUGCAAACAGUAUCAGGUCUCCUCUGGCAACCAGCAACCCUAAAUUACGCUGGGACUUCUUCACUCCGCCAGAGGACACGGAGAAGGAGUGCCGUGGAAACGUGUCAGUCCCGGCCAGGCGGGGUGACCGCUGGUCUUGGGACCCGGAUGAGGAGCGAAAGCGUCAAGAAAGGUGGCAGCAAGAGCAGGAGCGCAUGCUGCAGGAGAAGUACCGGCGCGAGCAGGAGAAACUGAAGGAGGAGUGGGAGAAAGCACAGAGGGAGGUGGCAGAGGAGGAGAGGAAGUACCACGAAGAGGAGCGUAGGAUACUGGAGGAAACUGUGACUCCUCUGACUCCCCGUUCCUCAGCCCUGCCCUCCCCCAGCCGAGGGGAGCUUUCCUCCUCCUCAGAGCCCCAGGACACCAUCGUCCGUUCACUGGCAGACUGGGAACGCAAGCAGGCACUGCUGGAGAGGCAGUCGAGGGGUAGCACAGAGGGUGUGGACUGGAAACAGAGAAAAAACGACAGGACCAGUGACAUCAGUACCACUGACGACAGCAUGAAAACAGGCCGAAGCUCGAUGAGUCAGAGCAGCAGUCAGGCCACAGUCGGUCACAGUCUCCAGAACGGUCAGAAACUCCCCCCAGUGCAGACCAAGACGUCGACCCCAGUGAGGAAACCACAAGAGCCCACAGCAGACAGCCACAGGCCCAGUCGGCCUGCAGGAGACAGAAGGAUUGGUCCCAUUGAUAGUAACAUGGGCCACAACUCAUCAAAACCCCCUGCAGCAUGUCCGCCUCCUCCAGACACACUGCCUCCAGCACCCAACAGGUCUGUCAGUGGGAAGAAGCUGUGCUCCAGCUGUGGGCAGCCGUUAGGAAAGGGGGCGGCCAUGAUCAUAGAGACCCUCAGUCUCUACUUUCACAUUCAGUGCUUUAAGUGUGGGGUUUGUAAGGGACAGUUAGGAGACACGACCACGGGGACGGACGUCAGGAUCAGAAACGGCCUCCUCAACUGCCACCAGUGCUACAUCCGCUCCCGCUCUGCCGGACAGCCGACCACAUUGUGACGCUCGACUGAAAAGCACAGGGUUCAUGGAAGAAACCACGUCCCCGUUUUAACCUGAUUAUCUGCAAAUCGCGUCCUUCACAGCAUGUCGGGAUCUUUGCAUCCUCUGCACUUCCAAUGUGUAACCAAUGAAGAUUCAUCGCAGGGGCCAAACGGGGAUCUGGGGGCAGUCUUAGAAACAUACAUUCUUCGUGUUAUGUCAUCUGACAUCUGAGUGAAAUCUGAAUUUGAUUGGUCCACGUACCACCAUAGACUCUGUUUCGUGAUGCAGCCAGAGAGAGAGAGAGAGAGAGAGAGGGGAGGACUGUUGUGUUGUGGCGGCCAUGUUGAAAAGAAAACACAAUAACAUUUACAGAUGCUUCGAACACAGACAGGCUAUGUUAACAUCCAAUACUGUCAGACGGAACACACAAAAAGAAAAUGCGGUUUUCAAGUCCUGGUUAAGUAGAAUCAGAUUCUGUUUUCCUGGUUUCAGGAAAUGAGAAUAUUUACCAUUUGAUACAACAUAAUGGAAAUGUAGUGUAUCACAUAACUACAGAAUUGCUUUUUUGUGAUUCAAGAAAGAUUCAUUUUGAGUGCUGAAAAUCCAAAAAUUGGAGAGAUAACUGAUGAUUGGAUUUUUAAUUUCUCUUAACAGGCUAAAUCUGAAAAAUAUUCAGCAUUUUAUUUCCCUUCUAUGAAGUAAAACAAAAUAGAAAAUCUUAUUUUAGUGCAAGAAAGGUCACUAUAAACCCACUUUUUAGAGCCACAAACACAGUAUAUGCAGUGAGUCACUUUUUUGUUUUUCUUUUUCCUUUUUUUUUUUUUAUUUUUUCAUCCUUGGGCCGUGACAGUGUCCUCUGUUUUCCUGAAGAAAAUUAGCUUCUAAUAUAAACACAUUAUGGAUGUAGUUUCAUCAUUUAGGGCAAUAACUGGACUUCUGAGCUGUUUCUGUGCUUUUGGUCACAGCAGGUUUGCUCAUCGGCCGACCUGUCCGCUUGGAAAGUCAGGUCUUCAAUGUGCCUUAGGAAAGCAAGGUGAUGCAGAAAAAAAAAACACCAGCUAUGUGGUGUUUUAUUUCUCUCUCUUUUUUUGUUUUUGUGGUGUAAGGAGGGAUUUUGGCCAAAUUCGAACCCUUAAAACUGCAGACAGACAGGUUGCAGCCCUCUCUUACAUCACGCUUUGCUUCACCUGAUGAGUACUGUUUAUUUUACAUAAACAACACCCUUAAUUUCAUGUUCCCCCACUUGUGGUCACUCGGUGAUGAUUUGCAGUGAUAAAAACCAGAGGAAUAGAUAAGUUGUCUGUCUGGGAAAAAUGCCCAGUAAAGGGUUUAUACCGGGGGGUGGUCAUGAUUUAAUUUUGAAUGUUGUUUUAUUGUAGAGCGAUAGAUGCUGUUAAUCGAGAUCAUUUUUGAUAAUUGCUCGGUGGUAGGAUUCAUAUAUAAAAGUAAAAAACAAAAUAAAGAAAAGAAAAACUGAAAAAUCAGCAGUGCAUGUUACAUCUAGUUAAACAGCGGAGGUAAUAUGAACACACAUACCAGCAGCAGUUGCACCUGUGCAAUAUUUGGUUGGAUGAAAACUAAAGAUCUGUGCCGUGAGCAGCACGUUUUAAGUCACCUGCUUCUUCUUUCAUUUCUGAACUUGUAUGAGAAGAGCUCGGUUAUGUAUUGCGGAUGUAAAAAAAAAUGCACGUUUAAGCCUAAAACCAAAUGAUUUGCUAUAUGAAAGCAAACUAGCAGCUCCCUCCUCCUUCGGCCAAGCUUCUCCUCCGGGUUCAUCUCUCUGAUCUACAGUAUUUUUAAGCUUCUGUUCCGAUUGUGUAUUUUAUUUUUUAUUCUCAUUUAGUUUCUGGAUAAAUCUCUGCUGAGUCUCUUAUAGCGGGAUCUUUGAGACGGAGCUCUCACAUUCACACGGUCUUCUUACCAGGAUAGUUGGGGAAUGAAACCUUUACGUCUGUUUCUGUAUUUAUUGUAAUAUUCACCUGAACACUAUCCGAAAUAUAGAUUAAUUUGAUGUUUAAAUGCAAUGGCAUUUACAGCAUACUGUAUGUUUAUAAAUAAAAGGUUAUAAAUUAAAA